AUGAGCAGCAUCUUCAACGCGCUCUUCAGGUCUGUAGCCGCCACCGCCCCUCCCGCUCCCGCCUCGGCUGUCGACAACGGCAAGAAGAAGGUCAGCAAACCUACUACUCAACCUUCCUCCCCCGUCGCCCCCGCCGCCGAUGAACCACGUAAGCGCAUCGCGCCCGAGCCCACUCCAGCGUCCCCCGUCACCUCCAUGCAUGACGCGUAUGGCUCAUCCUCCCCCUUCAACCCCGGCGACGGCGAUCACAGCUACGACAUCACUACCUCCUCCACGUCUGAGCCAACCGACAUUCUUCUCCCCCGCGGUGUCCCCUUCGUUCAUCGUAGGCGGCUCCUCCUCCAGCAGGCCCUCGAGGCUGAAGGAUCCCCCAUCAAGGCGUCCAGUGCACACUCGCAGUCCACCGCGAGCCGAGGCAAAGCGAUCACCAUCCGCGACCCGCGAGAUCCUACCACUCCUCCCGCUCCCAAAGUUGCCUCCAAGCCAGUCCAGCUUACCGAGUGGAGGAAGGAGCAGCUGCGGAGGCAGAACCCGCCAAGGCUGAUCGAGCCGAUCGUCAUCCGCUCCGUCCCUACGCUGCAUGGACAGGCCAACCUUCCUUAUGCGCGCAAUCCCAGUGGAGUCGACUCUCACAUCCCAGACGAGGCCAUGUUCAAUCCUGCAACCUUCAACCUACACGAGAACGGCGCCAAGACCAGCUCGGACACGGCGGAUCUUCUCGUUCCCCAUCCCUCUACCAACCAAAACUACACUGAGCGUCAACCGCCUCCGGCGGUCUACCACGGUAUGGGUCGACCUCCCUCGCGUCUUCCCUAUCAGCAGCACAUCGACAUGACACACCUCCCGUCCAGCGCGGCCGGCAUCGAGGCGUACAAGAGGCCUGAGACCGUUCAGCCACCUAUAAUUUACAGCUCCAAGCCGAUGAAGCCCGACAGCAAGCGCACCCCGUCCGAGGUCCUUCGCGCCCAGAUGAGCAGCAUGCAGAUCAACCGACCUCUCGAGUCGAUCGUCGAGACCGCAGCUCACGCGGUCCCUCGUCCGAUGUUCGAGAUGGCUCGUAAGCGCUCCCUCUCGAUGACCGCCCCAUCCAUCGACGCCGCGCAGAGGACCUCAAGCGAUACCAGGACGUAUGUUGCGCCUCGCAACGCUUCCGGCGAGGGCAUCCAGCGCGUCGAGGUUGCCAUCCCCAUUCCCGUCCCGCCCAAAUCCGCCGGGGUACCACCUACCGAGGAGGAGGUCCGCGCUGCCAAGGCUAUCCUGGCCAAUAGCAAGGCAGACGCUAGCGUCAACUGGAGGAUGAAGACACCGGCCAAUCAGGCUACUCCUCGAGCACCCCCGUCUUCGGAGAAUCGGUACACGCCCUCAUCGGACCGCAGCGACGAUGCCCCGCACAUGACCAUCGACAACCUGUUUGAGAAGUUUGCCCCUUCCAGCGGUCUCAGUCCCCUCACCAUCAAGGUCAACACUCCUCCUCACGCAGACCCGGCGGUCAAGGAGAUCUCCCAAUGCCCCUUCACGAGCUCCAAGUUCGACCUUCUUCGCCCAGCCACCCCAGACGCUGGUGUCACUCCUUCCAAGGCCGACACCAGCAGCGAAGCCAUCGUCGAGGACCUCAUCAACCUCGCCAGCGAGCCGGACGAGAACGCCGUGCCGAAGCGCCACGUCCGCAAAUCGUCCGCCAAGUCCAAAGGUACCCCCGGCGCCGGCAAGCUGCUCAAGCGCAACAGUGGCAAGGGGGACAAAGAAGACAUCCCUCUCGUCUCCGUCGCCGGUACAAAGGCGAAGGCGCCUCUGGGUUCGGCAAAGACUGUCGCUGGUGCGGGUAAGGGCAAGGCGCCCCGGCCCGCUUAG